CCACCUCCCUUAGCCUUCUAACACUUUCAUUCACAUCCCUUACAAUCCCUUCUAAUAAAGAAGAUGGCAUCCCAAACCAUUGAGAGCUAUCGUGAGGGCGCCGAGGUCCACCGUGGUGAUGAUCUCUGCAAGAAGAAGUCCAUCCAACUCCUUGAAGAGCUUGGCCUCCCCAAGGGCUUGUUACCUCUCGAGAAUGUCGAGGAGUUUGGCUACAACCAUGAGGCUGGGUUCAUGUGGCUGAUCCAGAAGAAGAAGAAGGAGCACACGUUUAAGAAGAUCAAGCAGACGGUGUCGUAUGCUACUGAGGUGACAGCUUUCGUGGAGCAGCGCAAGAUGAAGAAGAUAACUGGGGUGAAGACGAAGGAGCUGCUGUUAUGGCUCUCUGUUGUUGAGGUUUACAUUGAUGACACCUCAUCUGAGAAGAUCACUUUCAAGACUGGCACUGGACUCUCUGACAGCUUUCCGGUCUCUGCCUUCGAGCUUUAAUAGAAUGUGAGAGAGAAGUUGGCGGAGGGACUGGAGCUUGUUCCCUUUGCUCUUUGAGUUGGAAAUGUGAAUUAGGAGUUCUCUCCGUCUCUCUAUCAGGGACAUUACUAAGACUUCAGUAUCUGAAUUAUUUUGCACUUUACAAUUGCUGUUGUAUCAAAUAAAAUUUCAUUGGGUGGUCUCAUCGUAUUAUAUGUCUUCAGCAGAUCAUAUCAUUCAUUCAAAUGCUCAGA